AUGUACGACAUUGACGUGUCGAGGGAGGGCGUUGGUCUCCUGCAUCGGCUGCAUGACUUUCACCUACUGAAAUAUGCUUCUGCUAGUACAAAAGCUCACCUCGUGUGUCGUGCUUCUCAUCAACCCUGGUCACAGCAGGCGGUCGAGAUUAACGAGGACGGGACGAGCGUGUGUGUUCGGGACGCUGACAGACCAAACAAAUCGAUCGAGUGUGCAUUCGACAAAGUUUUUGGCUGUAGCUCAACCCAGGACGACAUCUUCCUCGGGCUCGUCCCUACAUUGGACACCGUCGUACGGGGUUUCAACGCGUGCGUUCUUGCGUACGGCCAGACAGGAUCCGGAAAGACCCACACACUAAUAGGACCUGGCGGCGGGACACGACUCUCGGACGAUCAGACGGAAUGGGGCAUUAUCCCCCGAGCGGUACAAUUCCUGUUCGACCGUCUCAACCGCGAAUCGGAAGAGGAUGAGACCUUCUCUUACUCGGUGACGUGCUCUUUCCUGCAGAUCUACAACGAAAACUUAGUCGACCUCCUCCUUCAUAGCGAAGGGGCAGCGGGAGCCGCGCCCCUCCAAAUCAGAGAAGAGGCCGGAGGAGGGGACCGAGGGGGAAGAGGCGGAGGGGGGGGGCACAGGAAUAGUGUUUCUAGUGGUGGACGACGUCCAUGGAGUAAUGAAAGUAGUCGUGGUGGAGAAGAUGAGACUGGUUAUAUGAAUCGGGAAGACGUGCUUUUUGGCGCCGGCUGCGGUAAAAAAAAUCGCGCAAGUCCUGUUCCGAAGGGAGGAAAAGCGAACGUUUUCGUCAACGGGCUUUCGUCGUUUCGAGUUGGAGGAGCGCAGGACGUGCUACGCUACGUGAACCUUGGCGCUGCCAACAGGCGAGUGCGCGCCACGCAGCACAACGAGGCUAGCAGCAGAAGCCACGCGGUGAUGCAGCUUACAGUGGAAGUGAAGAGUGGGGGGCGGGGCGGCGAAGAGGGCGGUGGUGGUGCCAGCGACCACAUAACGUACCGGCAGGCCAAGCUCAGCUUGGUCGAUCUCGCGGGGUCUGAAAAGAUGGACUCAGCACUGAGCAUCUCGAAGGGACACUUCAAGGAGCUACGUAGCAUCAACCAGAGCCUAUCCACGCUAGGAAACGUCGUGUCCGCACUAUCGGAGAAGGGGAGAACCCACGUGCCGUACAGGGACUCCAAGCUCACGAGGCUCUUGCAGGACUCUCUGGGCGGGAACACGAGGACCACAAUAAUCGCGUGCAUUAACCCUCUCGCGGGGCAGACCCACGAAACGAUAAACACUCUUCAGUUCGCCGAUCGCGCCAAGAAGGUGAUGGUGCGUCUACGGGCGAACGAGGUCGUUGACGACAGGGUGCUGCUGGCCCGAGCCCGAGCCGAGAUCAAGCGCCUGAAGAAGCGUCUCCGCGAAGUCCUCGAAGACGCACUACUUGGUACGGCUGCAGAAGACGACGGUGACAAUGGACACUGCCCCAACGAAUCCAGCCGAAGUUGCCACAACCACGACAGAAACAGAACACCUGUGGAAACGAAACCUUGCCCGGAAACUGUUGACGACGUUAGCCCCGGCGGUGCUGAUGGUGGGUCGGCAAGAGGAGCCAAAGAGGAGGGUGAUAAAGGGGACUCCAUGACGACAUCGACGGUGGCCAAAAACGCAGCAGCGGGGCACAGUUGUUCAUCGACCGUAGCUGGAAGCGAAGAGUCUUCGCGAGUCUCAGAAUCACCACCAUCACCAUCACCAUCACCAUCAUCGGCAGCAGCAGCAGCAGCAGCAGCAGCAGCAGCAGCUACAGCUGUCCAGAAGCGCAAGGCCGCCAAGCUCAUCGCCGAGAACGAAAGCUUGCGGGAAGAUAACGCCCACCUUAGGGAAGAUGUUAAGCGCCUCACCCUCCAAAGCAACAAGCAACGGUUGAAACGGCAGCGUCGGCAUCCGAACAGCAUCACGGGCGGCGGCGCGCGGAGCGUAGGAGGCAGGCCGCCGUCUUCCCCAAUCGACUGGAGCGCGAGGUAUGCCGCCGCAGCUGCCGACGCGCGGCGUCGAAGGCCGGCAUCAUCGUCGUCGUCUCGUCACCCAGAUGACCCCGCCCGGAGAGCGUCGUCGUCGCCAUCGCGCGGUGUGGUAAUGGGCAGAAGGAGGAGCGCAAGUCCAAGUAAGGCGGCGGCAGCGGUGCCUUCUUCGGCGGCACGUCUUCCUAAGUUUUGGAAGAGGCAGUUCGCUGUGGACGGAGGCCGAGGACAAGACUCGGGAGGUGAAGGCGAGCCUGUAGAGGAUGUGCUCACGGCGGAGGAGGUUCGGAUUAUUGUUAGUUACAUCGCGGAGGCUGAAGGGGCGCCGGGCUCGCCGGAGCAAAAGGUGCAGGAGGAGCAGGAUGCAGAGGACGCGAAGCAGCUCGCCAUGUUUCGUCGCGAGAUCCAAGAAGGGGUUGUCAGCGGAAGCUUGGUAAAACGAAGUGGUGGGGGUGGAAGAGGGCGAGGAACAGCAACCGUUCCGGUAAAGAACGGGGCUUUCGAAGGGGCAGAUGGCGACGGUGACAACGACGGCGACAACGUCAACGGAAACCCUGACGAGCAAGCAGAUAUAGAAGUGUUUAUUGAUCAAUCUCAGAGGCUCGAGGACUUGAUGUUCGAGGCCCAGGGCAGAGAGAGGCGCCGGCUUCGUGGUGAGAGACGUCGUCUUGCCUCUGUGAGAGCUCAAAGACAUGCAUUAGAAGCUCAGCUGGCGGAGUUGAUGGCGGGAGCCGGCGGGGGGGUUGUCGAUGUCCGUGUUGACACGUCGGACUCGCGAACCACCACAACACUUACCACCAAUACCACCACCGCAACAUCGUUGGAAGGUACGAUUGAACCGAGCGUCGCGCGGUUUCAUCCUACGUCAUCAACCUGCACCGAUGCAAACGGAGGCCAAGCAGUAGAAGAAAAUGUUAAAGUUCAGCAACUCCAAGACCAGCACAAAGAUCGACGAGGACAACAACAACAACAGCCACCGCCGUGUUACGACGGAGCCCUCGCAGCACCAGACACGUGCAGCUUGAUGGUGACGGUGACACCACCCGUCCUCCGGGCACUUGGAACGAAGGAGAAGGGCAUCGGCAUCAAUGUCGACGACGACAAGGGCCAAGCAAGGACCGGCUGGACCGAACAAUCCAGUAGAACGACAAGGGGAAGUCAUUCGAUGACGAACGUCAACCCCACCCCCACCCCUGCCACCACCGCAACCACGACGGCGAUGAUGAUGGCCGUGCUAGCAUCCCCUGAAACAGCAACAGACGGUUGCGAGAUUAAUGACCCCCACAGACUAGCGAACAGCACCAACAGCAGUGGUAGCAACGACAACUCUGCGGUGGAGGCGCUUGCGGGGGAAAGGGUGCAACGAGCGGUGCCCGCGAUCAAGCCCCCCCUCGAGCGACGGCGGCAGCAGCGGCAGACCGGAACUCAGAAUCAGUCCCCGAUUUCCUCGUCGCCAUCGUCCUUGCACGGUCACCCUUUCCCGUCCCCGAGUGUGCAGCGCCGGCGACCGGCGACCAGCACGGGAGGGCCGCCCACCGGCAGGAACAGAGCAAGGUCGAGCUCGCGGAGAAUCUACCACAAAAAAGUUGGAGGUUCCAGGUCCCCUGUGCGAGGAAAGCCGUCGGCGUUUUUAGAGCCGACGUCUUCUCAGGUGGGACCACACGACGGUGGCGGCGAGGAACCCUGGCCACGGCGGCGCCAGCAAGGGAGGCUGGGAAGUGGCGGUAGUGAUGGCGGCCGUGGUUCCUCAGCAAAGGUUGCAGCGACGCAUCCACGUCUCGCACGAUCGUCGCCAAAGCAGAAACAGAGGUUUGGUCAGGAGUUCCUCGGGGCCGAUACCGACGACCAGAGGAAGAAGGGCCUUUCGUACAGUGUGGCGGAUCUAGGGCUCCGACUGAAGGUGUAUUCCUUUCGCUACGACCACUACUACGAGUGCCAGGUUGUUGGAUACGACUCAAGGCGGAGGAUGCACCGAUGCGCGUACGACGCGACGGGCGAAAAACAGUGGCAUGACCUCGCCAGCAAGCGCUUCGAGGUUGUCGGCCAGAACGGAGUGAUCGUACGCAACACCGAGAGCGCGCCACCAGCACCGGCGAGCUUUGCAACGACUGCUACCAACGCUACACCAUCGCUGCUGCUACCGACGUCCCCAAGCAAUGUUGUGGGUGCCAUGACCAGAGAAUGUGGUGGUGGACAGGGCGCACCCGGACGGAAUAACAUGAAUAAGACGUAG